UGGAGCCCGGGGAGCCCCGGGGGAGGGGGGCACAGGCAGGGGACCCCGGCUGGGGCACACAGAGCGUCCCUUGGAGGGCUGUCCCGCUGGGCGGGGGGCGUUCAGGGGCGCCCACCCCUGCGGGAAGGGCACCGGGGGGUACCCAGGGCGUUCAAUGGGGGUCCGGUCUACGGGGGCUUCUGAGGAGGGGCCUGGGGUGCUGCACAAGGGGUGCUGGGGGUCCUCGUGUGGGCGUUCUGUGCGUGUGCCCCCUGCCCCCGAUGGGGAACCCCCCUCGGCUCACCCCCUGCUCCCACCGCAGGACGCGGCUGCCGGUCCGCGACCACCCCAGCGGGAGCCAGGGGACCCCCGGGAGCUGCCGGGGCUGUGGCAGAGCAGAGGGAACCCCGGGACCACACAGAGCCGAACAGGAGCAGAGGGACCCCCGGGGCCGAGCAGGAGCAGAGGGGACCCCCGGGACCACCCAGGACCGAGAAGGAGCAGAGGGACCCGCAGGAGCAGCCGGGGCUGAACCAGAGCAGAGGGACCCCCGGGACCGAGCAGGAGCAGAGGGGACCCCCGGGACCGAGCGGGAGCAGAGGGACCCCGGGCGCAAAGGGACCCCCCGGAGCAGAGGGACCCCGGGACCAGAGAGACCCCCGGGCGCAAAGGGACCCCCGGGAGCAGCGGGACCCCGGGCCGCCGGUGCUGCGGGCAGCAUGGCACAGUGGCAGGAGGUGCAGAGCUUGGCCAACACUUACCUGGAGCAGGUGCACCAGCUGUACGCGGGCUCGGCGCUGCCCAUGGCCGUGCGCCAGUCCUUGGCCGCCUGGAUCGAGACCCAGAACUGGCGCCAGGCGGCGGAGCCGCUCUGCUCGCAAGCGCGGAUGCUGUUCCACUCCUUACUGGUGGUACUGGGAGAGCGCCUGGGCAGCCUGGGCUCGGACCGCGAGGAUUUCAUGCUGAAGCACAACCUGCGCAAGGCUCACCGCGACCUCCAGGCAGAGUUCGAGGAGGAGCCGGAGAGAUUCGCCAACCUGGUGGCCAACCUGCUGCAGGAGGAGCGGCGGAUCCUGCGCCUUGGGCAGGCCGGGGGGCAGGGGGGUUCGGCCCCCGCGCCCAGCCCAGCCCCGGAGAGCGGCCGGGAGCAGCAGAUCCAGCGGCGCUUGGCCGAGUUCCACACGGCCCUGCAGGAAGCCGAACGAGCCUUCAGGCACCUGGAGGAUUUGCAGGAUGCUUUUGACUUCUGCUACAAGGUGCACUACCAGCCAGGUGAGGAGAGGAACGAGGACCCCGAGUACAUCCAGGAGCUCCAAUCCCUCCAGGCCAAACUGCAGAACCUGGACCGGCAGCGCCGGGAGGUGCUGGCUCAGAUGCAGCAGCUUUUGGGGCGCAGCGAGACCCUGCAGGAGCUGCUGCAGCAGGAGUUGGGGGGCUGGCGGGCGCGGCAGCAGCGCCUGUGCCUGGGGUGCCCCGGUGACACCAACCUGCGCCCGCUGGAGACCUGGUUCACGGAGCUGGGCCAGGGGUUGUUCCAGCUGCGGCAGCUGCUGCGGGCGCUGGGUGACCUGCGACAAAAGGUGACCUACGCCAGGGACCCGCUGGUGGCAGAGACGCCCCUGCUGGAGCAGCGGCUGCAGGAGCAGCUCACGCACCUGCUCAAGAGCGCCUUCGUGGUGGAGCAGCAGCCCAGCACGCCCAACGCCGGGAAGCGGCCGCUGGUGCUGCGCACCGCCGGCAAGUUCUCGACGCGCGCGCGGCUGCUGGUGCGGCUGCACGACCGCAACCACGGCAUGGAGGCCAGGAUCCACAUCGACAGGGACCCGCCCAACAUCAAAGGGCUGACUCUGCCGUCCCCGCAGACGCUGAAGGAGCAGAAGGACAGCAGGGCUGGCAAGGGCAAAGGUGCCAGUGGCGAGGGUCCCCUGGUUGUGACAGAGGAGCUGCACCUCAUCACCUUCACGCUGGCUUACGCCUACUGCGGGCUGGAGCUGGAGCUGGAGGCCACCACGCUGCCCUUUGUCAUCAUCUCCAACAACAACCAGUUCUCCAGCGCCUGGGCCUCCAUCCUGUGGUUCAACAUGCUCAGCUCUGACCCCAAGGCCCAGCAGUUCUUCUCGUCCCCGCCGCCAGCGCCGUGGCCCCGGCUGGCCGAGGUGCUGAGCUGGCAGUUCCAGAGCGUGGCCGAGCGGGGCCUCAGCCGGGACAACCUCCUGAUGCUGGCCAAGAAACUCCUGGGCUCGAAGCCAUCACUGGACAGCACCGUGGCCUGGCCAAAGUUCUCAAAGGAUGGCCCUGCUGGUUUCUCCUUCUGGGCCUGGCUGGACGGGAUCCUGGGGCUGCUCCAGGAGCACCUCAAGCAGCUCUGGAAGAACGGACUCAUCCUGGGCUUUGUGAGCCACAAGCAGGCGGAGAAGCUGCUCAAGUCCAGGCGGACGGGGACGUUCCUGCUGCGCUUCAGCGAGAGCGUCCUCGGGGGUGUCACCUUCACGUGGGUGGAGCACCCCGAGACAGAGCCCCCCACCUUCCACGCCGUGGAGCCCUACACAGCCUCGGAGCUGGUGUCCCUGGCCCUGCCCGACAUCAUCCGUGACUACCACAUGAGCCUGGAGGAGAAGAAUCCAGAAAACCCCCUCAAGUUCCUGUACCCCAACACCCCCCGGGACGAGGCUUUCGGGCCCUUCUACAGCCAGAGGCUGGAGGGGAGCCUGAGCGAGUCCCAGAAAUACCUGAACCGGCGCCUCAUCCGCGUGUCCUCCAAGCCCCCCAGCAAGCAGCAGACAGAGGAGGAGCUGGCGGUGGCCACGGAGAACCUGGAGACGCUGCAGCUGCAACCCCGAGGGCAGGGGACACCUGGGACCCUGGGGACACCUCAGGGGGUGGCCACGAGCCCAGGGACACUGCAGGUGGUGGCCAUGAGCCCAGGGACACUACAGGUCACCUCUGGGAGCUUGGGGACACCUCAGGUGAUGACCACGAGCCCAGGGACACUGCAGGUGUUGGCCACGAGCCCGGGGAUACCACAGGUCACCCCUGGGAAUUUGGGGACCCCUCAGGGGGUGGCCAGUAGGCUGGGGACACCACAGGUGGUGGCCACAAGCCCAGGGACACUGCAGGUCAUCCCUGGGACCCUGGGGACACCACAGGUGGUGACCAUGAGCCCAGGGACCCUGCAGCCCAUGGGUUUGGGGACACUGCAACCACAGCCUCAAAGCCUGGAGCCACCACAGGUGACAUCAGCGGUCCCCAACAUGCAGGGGACACUGCAGGUGACACCAGGGGCUGUGGGGACCGUGCAGGUGCUGCCUGGAGGGCUGCAGAUGCUGCAGGUGUGCUCAGAGGACUUGGGGACACUGCAGGGGACAAUGGGGACGCUGCAGCUGGGAGCUGCGGAGCCACCACGGGUCCCCGAGGAGCAGGGGACACUGCCAGCGGAGCUGAGGGACCUGGAGCUGCUGCCAGGGGGGCAGGACAUGCAGGAGCUGCUGCAGGGGAGCCACGACGUGCAGGAGCUGCUGCUGCAGUCGCUGGAGGGGCUGGAGUCGGCCCCGGGGACCCUGGGGACACUGGGGACACUGGGAGUGGCCGAGCUGAUGCCGGACGUGGUGGCAACCUUGGAGGAGAGCUUCCAGCUGAGUCCCGGCAGCGCUGCUCUCCUGGACCAGCGCGAUCCGUUCCUGCCGCAGCCCGAGGACUCGGCCGUGCCCUCGGUGCCCUCGCUCUUCACCGACUUCCCCCCGCUGCACAUCGACGCCAGCGACUUCCAGUGACCCCUGCCCAGCCCCUCGCUUCCCAGGGACCCCUGCCCAGCCCCUUCCCAGUGACCCCUGCCCGGCCCCUUCCCAGUGACCCCUGCCCGGCCCCUUCCCAGGGACCCCUGCCCAGCUCCUUCCCUUC